UGGUAAUCAAAAAUCCUUUAUAUAUCCCGUUAGAAUAAGACACAUCUCCCACCCCACAUAUCCAAAGAAAAGGAAAGAAAAGAAAAAUGUUUGGUCUCUCUCAUCCAAAAACUCUCCCUUCUUCCCUCAAAUCAUCAUCCACUACUCCUUCAUCCUCAACCUUAAACUCCAUGAAGCUCAAGACCCUAAUACAAUCCUUUGUUUUCUCUCAUUUAUACCGCAUUAUUAGAGCUCUAGCCAAAGCCAAAUCAAUCUUGUUUCAACAUGUGAAGAAUGUUCAGUUAGUUCAUGUUUUUGAAUUUCCCAUGAUGAAGAAGAACAAAAACAAGAAUGUCAGGCUGUUCCUUGGUUCAUUUAGGCUGCACUAUAAUUGGUGUUCUUCACAUGUCAUGCCGGUACCUAUACCAACUGCUCUUGAGGAUUACUCCACCGGCAAUGUUUAUCGUGACUCUACGUGGAAUUCUAUAAUUUCUACUGCUUGUGAUAAGUCAGAGCUCUCUGGGUACCUUCAAUGGCUUGAAGAAAAGGAUAAUUUUGAAGACAAUAAUAAUAAUAAAGCAAACAAUGGGAAUGAUAUUGAUAAGCUUGCUGAUAUGUUCAUUGCAAAUUGUCAUGAAAGGUUUAGAUUGGAGAAAGUUGAAUCUUAUAGGAGAUUUCAAGAAAUGUUGGCUAGAAGUGUAUGAAGCCUUCAACGUCGAUUUUUUUUCUUUUUUGGUUAGACGGUAAAUUUGGGGUGGGGUGGGGUAGGGGAUUUCUAUGUCAGAUAAUUGUCUCACAUUUUGGAAGGUGGAGUUUUUUUUUUUUUCCUUCUUUUAUUCCCUUGCUUUUGGAAAGGUAGGUCUUGCGAGACAACAAUUGCCUCGAUGGUGAGUAAAAUUGAAGUAAUUAGAAGGAAAAUCUCUAACAUCAUGAGAUUAGAUGUGAUAUGGAGAAUUUUACAUGAUGGGUUUCUGAGAUCUGAAAUUUAUUUACAUGCAUUUUACCAUCAACAAUUUUAAUAAAUUUGCAUUCUUCAGCA